AUGCCUUCCAAAAUAACCGAAGAAUCCAAUGAAUUGACAGACUCAGUCAACAUUAUCUCAAGAUUCUUGGCCCUUGAGCAGAUCUACAGCGCUAAAGACCUCGACACCUACCUUCAAAAGUUCGACCGAACAAACGACAAUGCGUCAACUGAUGUGAUCGUCCUUUGUGCUUCGGCGAUCCUGGCGAUCCCUGAAGCAGUGUUCGACUGGGCGACUCAACAACAAACCUGUUCCAUCGCACGGACACGAAACACAGUUCUUGUUUUGUGUGGUGGAAUUGGACCUUGCACACCAUUCGUCUACAAUGCCAUAAAGUUCAGCAAGAAAUAUUGUCAUAUCUUUGAGGAGAUAAAUGGAAAACCAGAGGGCCAAAUAUUGAAGACCAUGGCGGAACGUUUUUACAGACUCGACCUCAGCAAGAAAGAUACCAGCAAGUCUACAAACAAUGGCUUCGAAAUUCUAGUCUCCGAUCGGUCGACAGAUUGUGGAGCUGAUGCUUUUGAAACGCGAAUGGUGUUGGAUGAUCACGGUAUAAUGAAACCCAGAUCAAUUACCGUGGUGCAGGAUCCUGCGAUGAGCAGCCGAACAGUGUCAUCUUUCCAACGCAUUUACGACGAUCAAGAAGUGCGGAUUUCCAGUUGGCCACAAACGAGGCCAGAUCUUACAAGCAACCACGGAGACCACCAGGCUGGAAAAGACAAUAAGACGAGAGAACUUUGGUCCAUGGACCGAUUCCUAGACCGGAUUAUGGGAGACACAGCUUACACACCAAGUAGAAUGGGAUCAUGCUCGAAUAACAAUGUUGAUAUCCCGAAUGAGGUGGAAGAUGCUUGGUCUAACAUAAUGGAGAAAUAG